AUGGCGCCAGGUGAGGGAGGGUACCGCCAAAUUAACAAGGCUCUCAACAUAUGUGCCUUUGAAGACUACCUUGCAGGGCAGCAGAAAGCCCUACCCUCAUUGCCUGAUGUCGAGCAGAUCAGCCCCCGCGUCCUCAGGAUCCUUGGCCAAAACCCGGGCAAGUUCACCCUGCAGGGGACAAACACGUUCAUCGUAGGGACGGGCCCCGAACGUCUCAUCGUUGAUACAGGCCAGGGCAUCCCAGAAUGGGCGGAUCUCAUCCACGAGACACUCGCUCGCCGAGGAAUUACGCUCUCCCAUGUCCUUCUCACGCACUGGCAUGGCGAUCACACGGGUGGCGUCCCUGAUCUGAUUCGCAUGUACCCGCAUCUCUCAUCGGCAAUUUACAAACACGAACCAAGCAAAACACAGCAGCCGAUUACGGACGGCCAGAUCUUUAGGGUUGAAGGGGCCACCGUGCGUGCGGUGCAUACGCCCGGCCACUCCAGCGACCACAUGUGCUUUGUCCUCGAGGAGGAACAUGGGAUGUUUACGGGCGACAAUAUACUUGGACACGGGACCUCAGCCGUGGAGCAUCUCAGCACUUGGAUGCACACACUGUAUAAGAUGCAAGCCCAGGACUGUAUUACGGGGUAUCCUGCCCACGGAAUCGUCAUCAGCAACCUACGCACUAAGAUCAAGGGCGAGCUGGCUCAGAAGCUGCAGCGCGAACAACAGGUCUUGAAAGCGUUGGUUCAGGCCAAACAGGCGGAGAGAGCGUGUAUGGAGCGAGGCAAGGGCAGCGUGACAGUCAAGGAGCUUGUAGCUACGAUGUACGGGAAUGGGGUGGGCGCAGGGAUCAGAGAGCUGGCACUGGAACCCUUCAUGGACGAGGUCCUUAGGAAACUAGCUGAAGAUGGCGCCGUUGCAUUUGAGGUUCGGGGGAGAGUAAAGAAGUGGUUUGCACUUGACGCCUAA